CGUUUUAUCCAUGGAUAAUUGUAAACAACUCAAAAACUCACAAUAUGCCCAUCCCUGCGAAUGAUCUUAAACGAAUAACGAUUGUAAACAAUUGUAAAUAUUGAUAAAAUCAUGCCAGAAAUUUCAAAUCGUAAAUUGUUUUACAACACAAUUUUUUGUCAAAUAUUUUCACCUAAUGGCAAAUUUCUUAUUGCUGGAAGUCUUUAUGGAGAUGUAUCAGUUUUUGAUCUUCUCAAGUCAUUUGAACCAAACCAAAUAGAUAAUUAUGAUUAUCAAGCGCCAAUAUAUAAAUUCACUGCAUAUGUGAAUCAGUGUGUCCAGAGUAUGGUUACAACAGAUGAUUUUUUAAUCACUGGAACUUCUGGAGAAAUAACAGGAUGGGACUGGAAAAUUGUCAAGUCAAACAAAGCAUCUAGGAAAAAUAUAUCUUGGACCAUACAAAUACCAACUGACAAGGACACUUCUGAAAAACCUGAUGUCAAUUCUAUGGUAUAUUCAAAGGAAAAACAUUUAUUAUACGCUGGAUGUGGUGAUAACAAAAUCUAUGUUAUAAAUUUGGAUAAUGGAAAAAUUUUGAGAUGUAUGGAGAGUCAUGAGAAUUACAUUCAUUGUUUAGCCCAACUACGUGAUCAAUUGGCAUCUGCAAGUGAGGAUGGAACAGUAAAGUUUUGGGAUUUACGUAAUCUAGAGCACACAAGUACUCUUACUCCAAGUUUGAAUGGCCAAAUCAGUAGACCAAAGUUAGGUAAAUGGAUUGGUGCUGUUGAUUUUACUGAAGACUGGCUGUUAUGUGGUGGAGGUCCAAGUUUGUCUUUGUGGCACCUUCGAACGAUGGAAACAGCAACGAUCUUCGACCUUCCGGACGAGGGCAUUCACGUAGCAUCAAUUCACGAUGAACGUAUAAUAGCAGGGGGGUGUAUGCCUGCAGUUUAUCACCUCAAUUAUCAGGGUGAAGUACUAGCCAAGGUCCCUACGUCAAGUAAAACUGUAUACAGCAUUGUACAUUGUGAAAAACCUCAAAAAAUUCUCAGUAUUUCUGGAUCUAGUAACAACAUUGACAUUUGUACAAACUUUAAUUACCGAGAAUUUAUUCUUAAGUUUGCAUAGUUUAUAAAGAAUAAAAAAUAAGUUAAAAACCAUUAUUCAUAGUUUUAA